AUGGCUGGUGGUGCAGAUCUCAACGAUCCAGGUGCCCUUUUGGCUGCUGUUUCACAAUCGAUGGAGAUUCUUGACAUUGUUCUGACUGCGUUCCGUGGGCGUUAUCCCACGGGGGGCAGAGGUUUCUUCGACAGGGCGUUGCGCAAAGCGAUUCGAGAAAAAAAUGAGACAAUCAUACGAAAGCUAGCUGAACACGCUGACUUGAACGACACUGAAUGGCUUGAUGUAAAGGGAGAGGUGAAGCAUCGGACGUCUGAACGGACAAGUGAUAUAUUCACGAAUGUUGAGUACCUGUGCCUACCGACGUUACUUAGGGAAGGCAUCGCUACGCGCAGUGUCAACAUCGUAAAAAUUCUACUAGACUCUGGCGGCAAUCCCGACAGUACAGUGGAGAUGUAUCCCAAUCAUUCACUGAGAGGAAGAGUUACGGCCAUCUCAAAAGCGAUAUCGACCGGUGAUCUUGCCAUGGUGAAGCUGCUACAUGACGCCAACGCCAACCUGCACUUCAGCGCAACCCUUGGUAUCACACACACGUCGCUACACCUAGCCGUCGAACUAGGUCACGCUGAUAUUGUAGAAUAUCUGCUUGACCGCGAUGUUGAUGUAAACGCGCCACCCUGUACCUUCGAAGGCGGCACAGCUCUUCAGUUCGCCGCAAAAGUCGGCUCCGUUGGCACCGCAGAGCUACUCAUACAGCAUGGCGCAAUCGUCAAUGCACCAGGAAGUACAUAUGGCGGGCAAACCGCUUUCGAAUUCGCAGCAGAGUUCGGCAGAAUGGACAUGUUGCUUCUACUCUUCCAUAAAGGCGUAGAUCUUGUCUCGGAUGGCGGGGCGCAGAUACGGAGAGCCUGCAAGUCUGCGGAGGAAAAUGGGCAGGUUGCUGCCAGGGAUCUAGUUAUGCAGCUUGCCGAAGCGAAGGGAAUGGAUGUCUUUGCAAUGGGUGGUUACAACACCGUUGGAAGCAUUGGCAAUGUGGGCCUUCCGGCAAGUGGGGGUUAUGAUUUUCCUUCGGAGAGUUUACAUGGAUCAGACAUGAUUGCCAUCUAA